UAGUCGAGGCAGCAGUUUCGUUUUACCAGUUUACCUAUGUUGUACAGCUAUUUAGUUGGUAGGUGGAGUGUGAACGUGCUACAACUACGGCCGUCAUCACUCGUCGUCAAUAACGGGCCGAGUAUCGUUUAUUAAUAGGUACAUAGCUGUAAUAAUUAAUCGCGAAAAAAUUUCAAAAAUAAUUCAAUUCCGCUUCUCUCCGCGGAAGAGGCCCAACGCUGAUCAUAUUAUUAUGCUUAAAAUUGAAUGUGUCCAGCACUAGGUCGCGAUAAUCAUUAUUAUUGUUGUUGUUAUUAUGUGAAAGUGCAUGUCCGCGACGAAUUUAACAAUGACGAACUCGACUUUGCUGCUUCCUCAGUACCACAAAUAUCUCAAUGGCGCACCAGUGCCGUUCAGCAGGCGGACCCGGAGGAACAGCGAACUGUGUCUGGUCGUACUGGUAUUCAUCUCCAUGACCAUCAUCUGCUUUGGAGCCUUGUUCUAUUUACCUGAGUUUAAGGCGUCUUAUGGUGGCACUUUUAACAACGUUUACAAGCAUAUACAGAAUGCAGGGCCCGAACUGUUGUUGCCGGCUCAUGGUAACUCAAGGCACGAUGGAGUACUGGAAGACCCGCACGCAGCAUGGGACAAACAAGCAUUGGAGGCCAAAAUCGAUGAGGAUUAUUCGGACAAACGAAAAGUGUUAGAAAGACCAGACACGGGAAAUACUAUAAAACAACACAUAAUUAACAAUAGUUUCAUCUCUGAACCUGUAGUAAAUGUUGAACACAUUGAAACUAGUCAAACUAAUGAGAUGUCUGAAUUGAGACAAAGACGAAACAAAGUUAAAGAAAUGAUGAAACAUGGCUGGGAUAAUUAUGUUAAAUAUGCAUGGGGUAAAAAUGAAUUAAAACCAGUAUCAAAAAGAGAUCAUUCUGGAAGUGUAUUUGGCUCAGCAAGUAUGGGUGCAACUAUUGUUGAUUCAUUAGACACAUUAUUAAUCAUGGGUUUACAUGAUGAGUAUAAACUUGGAAGAGAUUGGGUUGCAAAUAAUUUUACUUUAGAAAAUGUGAAAAUAGAUAUAUCAGUUUUUGAAACAAAUAUCCGUUUUAUUGGUGGUUUUCUUACGUGUUUUGCUAUGACUGGUGAUACUGUUUUCCGUGAUAAAGCUGAAUAUAUUGCAAAAAAAUUAUUACCUGCAUUUCAAACUCCAACUGGAAUCCCAUAUUCAUUAGUCAAUCUAAAAUCAGGGAACAGCAAAAAUUAUUUAUGGGCAAGUGGUGGUAGUAGUAUACUAUCAGAAUUUGGAACUCUACAUUUAGAAUUUGUGUACUUAUCAGAUAUUACUGGCAAUGACAUUUAUAGACAAAAAGUUGAUACUAUUAGACAAUUUGUAAGAAGUCUUGAUCGACCUAAUGGAUUGUAUCCAAAUUUCUUAAAUCCAAUUACUGGAAAAUGGGGACAACGGCAUGUAUCACUUGGAGGUCUUGGUGAUAGUUUUUAUGAAUAUUUGUUGAAAGCAUAUAUACAAUCUAAUGGUAAAGAUUUAGUAGCACGAGACAUGUUUGAUGAUGCCAUGGCAAGUGUAAUGGAUAAUCUAGUACAAACAUCUUCUAAUGGCCUAACAUAUUUAGCAGAUAUGCGUUUUGAUCGACUUGAACAUAAAAUGGAUCACUUAUCGUGUUUUGCAGGUGGAAUGUUUGCACUUGCUGGGGAAACUCUUGGCAGUGAUGCGGCUAAACACUAUACUGAUCUUGGAGCUAGUUUAACAGAAACAUGCCAUGUAGCUUAUGAUAAGACACCUACAAAAUUGGGACCUGAAGCUUUUAGAUUUACCGAUAAUUAUGAAGCAGUUGCAGUUCGUGGCAAUGAAAAAUACAAUAUUCUUCGGCCUGAAACAAUUGAGUCAUAUUUUGUUUUAUGGCGAUUAACCCAUGACAAUAAAUAUCGAGAAUGGGGAUGGGAAGCUGUACAAGCUUUUGAAAAACACUGUAGAGUAUCAGGUGGAUACAGUGGAAUUAAAGAUGUUUACCAAAUAGAUUCAAGCAAAGAUGAUGUUCAACAGAGUUACUUUUUUGCAGAAACUCUAAAAUAUUUAUACCUAUUAUUCAGUGAUGAUAGUUUAAUUCCAUUGGAUAAAUGGGUUUUCAAUUCAGAAGCUCAUCCACUUCCUGUUAAAGAACGUAAUUCUCAGUACAGAAUGCAUCAAUGAGUUUUGUAAUUGUGAAUUAUAAGUUUGGAAUGCCAAAAAGUUUGUUUAUGAAUUUUUAAUGUAUGUUAAACAUAUCAAAAGCCGAAUAAGUUUUUGAAAUUCUUUAACAUA